AUGACCGAUGUCUCCGAUCACGCGGCGAGAAGGAGGUUGCUCGCGAGACCAUUCAGCAGAUCAUCACUUCUAUCGAAUUUCCAAGAAAUGGUAGCAGAUCGCGCACGUUUAGCAGUUUCAAAGAUGAGAGAUGAAGCGAGCAACGGACCGUGUGAUAUUAUGAAAUGGUGGACUCUGAUGACUACGGACGUCAUUGCACGAGUCGCUUUUGGAGAAGCGUCUUGUCUUCUUGAGGCUGGUCAAAAAAGCCAGUACAUCAACGACCUGGAACGUGUUACUCUGGUUUGGGGGCUGCAAGGAGAGGUCCCGUGGUUAUACCCAAUAAUGCGACUUCUAGCCCCUGGUUUCAUCAGAGAGUGCGACAAGUCCCUUCAAAAUGUCAUAAACUACGGUCUGUCUGCUGCCAGCAAAGCUGGGAAGGGUACUUCUUUAGCCAGACACAAUAUCAUCAGUGGCUUGAUAGACGCAAGUCGCGCCGAAGGUACACGCCUAACGGAUUUCAGUUUAGGAUCGCAAGCCUCAGCACUGAUCGUUGCCGGGUCGGGAACCACGGCAGUCACCCUCACAUACGCGGUCUGGGCCGUCCUCCAGCAUCCAGCUGUACGAAGCAAACUGGAGGAAGAGGUUGCUGGCCUCCCUGACAGCUUUGACGACACCGUGUUAGAGAAGCUCCCGUAUUUGAACGCCGUACUCACAGAGACUUUACGUCUGUAUGGAUCGGCACCUGGUGCAUUACCUCGGGUAACACCCUCCAAAGGAAUGCAGAUCAAUGGGUUUUACGUUCCUCCUGGGGUGGUUUUGACAACCCAGAGUUAUACCAUGCACCGAGACCCUUCAAUAUUUUCCAAUCCAGAAAAGUAA